GCCUGGGUGAAGAUGGAGAGCUCAGGUGCUCGACUCUACGGGUCCCGAUGGGUUGAGUUUGUGUACUGUACCCUGUCGACCGAGGCCUCGCUAGAGAUUGUAGGGUUCCAGCGUACGCAGUGACCCGAGGGCUUUAUUUCGUCAACUGCUUCCGCUUCGUGCCCACCAUCUCCGUCGUCUACAAGAGCACAUGGAAUUGCUUUAUUGCGAGUCUACGCAGCCAUGCUCGAGAGCGCGGCUCGUGCCUUAGCUCUGGCUUCGGCAUGAUGCUUCAUCAAUGUCCUAUGUUUUAAUGAAUCGUAAUACAUUGAAAUGAAUGAAUGUUUUAUGUGGCUCUCAUCUCCUGGAUAGGGUUUGAGCCAGUG